AUGUAUAGCAUUAUACAAGUUACUAUGAAUUCAUGGCGAGUUCACAUACAUCAGAAAUAUAUUAGGCACAAGACAACACAAAACACUUUAACAUCAACAUAUACGUGCAGUAGCACGGAAGCAUAUAUAAUAGACCUUACUUCACCCCCAGCGUUCCAAUCGCAUCUUGCAAAAAAGCAUGUGUUCUUCCAGAUAGCACGGUCUGUUGCAUAUAACGAUUAUGCGACACAGGAUUUACACAAAGAGGAGUGUUGGACAAAUAUAGCGAUGGAGGUAUCCAGCGAGAAGCAAGCCAUCCCAAUUGCUGAUUUAGGUGUCGACCAGCUUACUUAUUUUCAGCGACAAAUCGACCAGGAAAUUUCUUUUCUCACCGAAUCCCUAAAGGAACUGAAGAUUUUCGAAUCGAAAUUUAUCGCAAGUGAAGAAUCAGUAAUGAACGCAGCCAAAGUUUCUAGUGAUGGCGAAAUUUUGGUGCCGUUGACAGAAUCGGCAAGUUUGCUUUUUCUCAUGUAUAUUCCUGCAAAAAUAGCUGAUCCAAAGAAUCAUUUGAUUGAAAUCGGUACAGGAUAUUUUGUGGAAAUGAGUACAGAAAAAGCGGUAGAUUACUUUAGGCGGAAGCAAACUUUCUUGAAAAAGCAGAUGGAAGUGAUAGAGGGAGUACUACCCGAGAAAUAUCGAGCUAGAAAUGCCAUUGUUGACAAUCUGCAAAAGAAAAUAAAUGUGUAUUGUUCUCAGCGAAUUGAUGGGCGUAAAUGUGACGAGUUUCGAGAAGUGAAAGUUAUUGUUGGUUCUGAGCUUGGUAGUUGUCUUGUGAUGCUUGGAGAAACGAAAAUAUCGGCACAAGUGAGCUGUUCGCUUGUAGAGCCUUCAACUACCAGAGGUAAUAUGGGUACGGUUGAUGUCCAAGUGAAUAUGUCACCUAUGGCUUCUCCUGAUUAUGAAGAUGGCCGCCUUGGUUUGAAAGGCCUUGAAUUAAUGCGAAUUCUUGAAUUGUUAUAUCGUAACUGUGGUGUUGUUGAUCUCGAAUCUCUGUGUCUAAGAACAUUUAAACAGGUCUGGCAGAUACGCAUUGAUGUUCAUGUAUUGGCUUCAGAUGGGUCGUUAGUGGACUGUGCAUGCAUCGCAUCCUUAACUGCUCUUGCCCAUUUUCGAAGACCCGACGUCUCUCACGGUAACGAUGAAAAAAUACCGAUAUCACUCAAUAUAUACCACAUGCCGAUCUGUGUAACAUUUGGCAUAAUUUCAGACGGUCAAAACAUAAUUGAUCCGACCGAUAAAGAGGAGCAGUGUCUAAGAGGGUCGCUUAUUGUAGCUGCAAAUAAAAGGCAUGAGAUUUGCGCAUUGCAUCAAUCAGGAAAUUUCUUGCUCAGUGAACAGUUGAUUGUGCAGUGUGUUGAUCGAGCAAUACAAAGAGCUAUUGAUGUAUCAGAGCUGAUAAAUUCGGUCAUCGCAGAUGAUAAUUUGAAAAGAUCGAAUCGACAGCAAGUAAAUGGAUUUAGCGAACUUAUAAAGUUAAAUGUGCUUACAUCACAUCGAUGCGAACCCAAUGAACUUAUUGCCCCUGCAGUGAAAAUUGAUGCAUUAGGAAGUAUUCCUAGCAUAGAAGAGAUCGUUACAAUUGGUGAUAACCAAAUGCAGAUUGAUAGUGACAGUAAAGUGACAAGACAAAGGAACGACGAAGAUAUUAAACUUGUGGAACAAGUCCAAAGUAUUACCUCUUUAAAUGAAUCAAAAAGACAAGAAAAUAAGAAUCCAAGAGAUCUUGAAGAAGUAGACGAGCUUUUACAAGGCAUUGAAGAAGAAUAUGGAUUAUCUGGCUGA